AUGACUGAGGAAUUCCCCAAAGUUCUAGCUGAAGGAUCUACCAAGUCUAUAAGAGAUAAAUAUAAGCGUUGGGAGGUGGCUAACAACAAGGCACCAUACUACAUGUUAACUAGCAUGGUCAAAACUCUCAAGACAAAGAUGGCGAAUGUGGAGACGGCCUACAAAAUGAUGGAUCAACUUCAAGAUAUGUUUGGGGAAAAGUAUGUCAUGAACAAGCUUCAGACUUUUGAGUCUAUCAUGGGUGGACAAAGUAAGGGAGAAGAAAAGAUCACUACUGGUGCUGCUGAUGAUUCAUCUAAGUCUGAUGCUAACCUAGCUUCAUAUGCGAAAGCUAGAAACAAGAAGAAGGGUGGGUGUAACACCAACCCCAAGCUUGCAAAGGCUGCAAAGACGAGUGCACAACCAGGUGCACAGGUGGAACAAACAAAGACACAGCCAGAUGUGAUUCAGGUGGAACAAAUGGUAGAUGAACCUGUUAUAAAUCAGGUGGAACCUAUACAGGAAGGUCGAAAUGAAACUGAACAACUAGAGGUACAAGCUGAUGUUAUUAGUGAAGAACCAAAUGAAGAAACCAGUAAAGAAUUGGUGCAAUCUAGCACUGUAGUUAAAGGCUACAGUGAUGCGGAUUAUGCAGGUGACAGAGAUAGCAGAAAAUCAACCUCAACCUAUGUGUUUUCGAUUGGGGGAAAUUGUAUCAAUUGGAAAGUUCAGCUUCAACCGGUAGUACCACUCUCUACUACUGAAUCUGAGUAUAUAGCUACUACUGAAGCAAUUAAGGAAGCUAUAUGGAUAAAAGGUCUCAUGGGUGAACUUAAGAUUCUACAUGGAACACCUACUGUAUAUUCUGAUAAUAAAAGUUGUAUACAUCUGUACAAAAUCCUUAUUUUUCAUGAUAGGACUAAACAUGUGGAGAUUAAAUAUCACUUUAUUAGAGUGAAAGUGACACAAAGGGAGAUUGCCAUUGAAAAGGUUCCUACGGAAGAUAAACAUGUUCAUAUGGGUACUAAGAGGGUGACCCUAAUUAAGUUUAUACACUGCAUAAACUUACUAAGGAUUGCUACAGAUGGAUAA